CGCCCCCUCCCAUUCCACUUUGGAUGGGGGGAAAGCAGAGCACGGCGGGCCGGCCCCGGGGUGCUUUUCCCGGCGUCUCUACGGAUGACAGCGCGGUGCCACCGUCGGCCCACUUCGGCCACUACCGGCCCAGCGGCACCAUGGGCCUGCGGAGCCGCUCGGUGAGCUCCGUGGCCGGGAUGGGCAUCGACCACAGCGCCGCCGUGCCCUUCGGCUUCUACACCCCGAGAGGAACGGACUCGGACCGGGCCGGAGGGGGGUCGGGGGGCACCACGGCCGCCCCCCACGGUACCGGCUACCAGGACACUGGGGGCGGAGGGCACCAUACGGACGGGGUGCUGUAUCUGGGGUCCCGGGGGUCGCUGGCUGACACCUUGCCCCUGCACAUCGCGCCCCGCUGGUUCAGCGCACACAGCGGAUUCAAGUGUCCUGUCUGCUCCAAGUCUGUGGCGUCCAAUGAGAUGGAGGUCCACUUCAUCAUGUGUCUCAGCAAGCCCCGCCUCUCCUACAACGAUGAUGUGUUGGCGAGGGACGCCGGUGAGUGUGUGAUCUGUCUGGAGGAGCUGCAGCAGGGAGACACCAUCGCCAGACUGCCGUGCCUCUGCAUCUACCAUAAAAGCUGUAUAGACUCCUGGUUCGAGAUCAAUCGUUCGUGUCCUGAACAUCCUUCUGACUGACGAACACGACGCCCAGUAUCAGCAACGCUUAAGAGGACAUGUCGUGGUCCCGCCGUGGACAUCUGGACACAGACUGAACCAAAUCUGAUGAAACAAUCAAAGUGAUCGAUCCAUCCUUAUCCAGACAGAACCAAGAUUAUUAUUCCUCAUGAACUGAACCAAAAAAAGCCACUGUUGAAGCUAUCAUCCAUUAUAUCUGCUGAAGAGACUGCUUACAAGCCCCUCCCAUCCCAUCCCUUCCAGCCCCGCCCCUCCCCUCUCAAAGGGCUUCAUUGGCCCCGCCUCCUCCCUGAUGUGCUCAGGUGGUCCUGCCUCCAACAGCAGCUCAUUGGCUGAGGCCUGUCACUCAUCGGUGUCCAGCCUCCUAUGGCCUUAACUGGGAACGAGAAGGAGUGUGUGUGGGGGGGUGGGGUCUGGCGAGGGGGGGUCGGGGGGGUGAUGAACCCAUAUGUCCAAAGGAUGUGGAAGAGGAUGGAGGUGGAGCAUGGUGACGGAUGUGACAUGGACUGGACUAACCUGUAUAUUAAACAGCAGGCGUCUCAUCUCACCACUGGACUCGCCGUUUGCAUCAACCCCCCCUGCCCCCUCCCCACCCCCCCACAUCGCUGCGCCCCCUCCUUGCCAGUUUGACUAAUAAUAACAAUAGUAAUCAGAGAACUGUAAAAGUCCUCCUGAGUUCACACCUGGGCCAACAGGGAGCGGUGGAGGGGGGCUUCAUGUGGGGUCUGAUGGUGAGGGGGCGGGGGGGUGGGGGCGGGGCUUAGAGGGGAGGGAGGGGUCUCCGGUGUAGUUUACGCUCCUGUUGUGUUCAUGUACGUGUGGAAAUUCCAGCGUUGAGCUUCACCUGGUCUGUGCAACGACAGCUGAAGCCUCGUUUGUGUGUAUGUGUGUGUGUGUGUGUGUGUGUGU